AUGAUUGAGCAAUUCAUCAAUUUCGUUAUUAGGCCGCCGAGGGCGGACUAUAACCCGGAUCAGUAUCUGUGGGAAAAGGAAUUCUCCCUUGCUGGUAGAACGUACCAAAGGCAGGAUUUGGAGCUUAAGAAUGCCAGAGGCUAUACCUUGAAGUGUAGUCAUUAUCUCCCUUCUCCGUUUCCUGAAGAUACUUCUCUUCCUUGUGUUGUAUAUUGCCAUGGAAACAGUGGAUGUAGGGCAGAUGCAAAUGAAGCUGCUGUAAUCCUUCUCCCAUCAAAUAUUACUGUUUUUACCCUUGACUUCUCAGGGUCAGGCUUAUCUGAUGGAGACUAUGUUAGCCUUGGUUGGCACGAAAAAGAUGAUCUGAAGAUUGUGGUGUCACAUUUGAGAAGCAACAAGCAAAUAUCCCGAAUAGGUUUGUGGGGACGAUCAAUGGGCGCAGUUACUAGCCUUCUUUAUGGAGCUGAAGACCCUUCAAUUGCUGGAAUGGUAUUGGAUAGCGCCUUUUCUAACUUAUAUAAUCUCAUGAUGGAGCUCGUGGAUGUUUAUAAAAUUCGACUUCCAAAGUUCACUGUUAAAAUGGCUGUACAAUACAUGCGGCGGGUUAUUGAGAAGAAGGCAAAGUUUGAUAUUAUGAAACUGAACUGUGUUCUGGUUGCACCGAAGACAUUCAUUCCUGUUUUAUUUGGACAUGCAAGUGAUGACAAAUUCAUUCAGCCACACCACUCCGAUCUCAUCUCUGAGUCGUAUGCGGGUGAUAAAAAUAUCAUAAAAUUUGAUGGUGACCACAACUCCUCUCGACCACAAUUCUUUUACGAUUCAGUUUCCAUUUUCUUCUACAAUGUCCUCCGUCCUCCUCAAGUUUCUAUUGCUGAAAAGCUCGAGAAAUAUUAUGAUUUGGGUGAUUUGAAGCUUGGUUCCGGUGUUGAUGAGAGCGUAUUAUAUGAGAUUCUCUCUAGUCUGCGGUCUGCAACUACUGAUGCUGCAAGUUCAUCUUCUGCAUUUCCAACAAUAUCUGCAACAAAAUCAGUUACCGAACUUCUUUCAGAAGCAGCUCCACUGGCUGAUGCAGAGCCUUUGUUUGAAGAUGACACUACAGAUAAAAAUGAUAGAAUUGGCCAUGAUGAAUCCACAAAUGGGCAGGGUAAGCUAAAUGGGCAGAUUGAAGAUUGUUGCUCAUAUACAAGCUCAACUAGAGAAAGUUGGGGAAGAUGUUCUUCUUUAGGAGGCAGCGAUCAAGAAUCUUUUGCAGAUUUAAGUGCUGAUGAUAAACACUCUCAGAAUACGGUGAAGGUGUUUGCAACACCUUUGCGAAGCAUGAAAGAGAAGUCAUCUGAUCCAAAAGAAGAUGAAAAGACGCACAAGAAGAAUAAAAAGAAGAAAAAUAAAGCGGAAACGGUUGUGAAGAAACCGAAGAGUGACAGAUUUGAGAAGCUGGAGGCUCUCAGUAGACGGUUGCGGCUUUGCCUUCUAAAGGGGUCAAUCCAUCGAAGAAACAAGUCAACUUGA